UCUUCUCUCAUGAUGGACAAUAGCAUCCAAAGGGUUUUCUUCCACUGGAUGUUCCCAGAUGGGACCCAUCAGUAUGAUGGGAUUCUCCAGCUCCUGCUGCAUUUCAGCUGGAUGUGGAUUGGGGUGAUUUGUCUCAACGAUGACACUGGAGAGAAAUUUGUACAGAAUGUUCUUCCCAUGUUUUCCCACGGAGGAAUCUGCUUUGAUUUUAUAGAAAGGGUUCCCAAACCCACUUUUUCCAGUGAAGUUUUUGAAAUGGUGACGGAAGGUUUUAAAGCAGUUAGUGUUAUUAUGGGAAGCACAACCAAUGUUGUGGUCGUGAACGGUGAAAUUCAUACCAUUAUGGCAAUGAGAAUGCUACCCCAGGCUGCAGAAACAGAGGGUACAUCAGUGCAAACCAAGGCAAAAGUCUGGAUUAUGACAGCCCAGAUGGACUUCACAUCAUUUCCCUUUCAAAGAGGCUGGGACAUAACUUUCCUCCAUGGUGCUCUAUCCUUUUCAAGUCACUCAAAGGAUCUGCUAGGAUUCCAGAAAUUUCUCCAGAUGAGAAACCCUACCUUGGAAAAAGAUGAUGGCUUUAUCAGAGUCUUCUGGGAAAAGGCAUUUAACUGUUCUUUCCCCCAUCCUUCUUUAGACAAAAAACAAAGGGGAUUCUGCACUGGGCAGGAGAAACUGGAGACCCUUCCUGAGUCUGUUUUUGAAAUGAGCAUGACUGGCCAUAGCUACAGUGUCUACAAUGCAGUCUAUGCUGUGGCACACGCUUUGCAUUCUUCCAAAUUCAGAGACAGAGUAGACAGAGUAAGGUCGGAGCUUCUAAAUCAACAGCCAUGGCAGCUCCACCACUUUUUGAGAACAGUGUCAUUUAACAAUAUUGCUGGGGAAGAGGUUUCCUUUGAUCACAAUGGGAAAUUAGUAGCUGGAUAUGAUAUAAUAAACUGGGUCACAUUCCCAAAUGAGUCCUUUCUUAGGAUCAAAGUUGGAAUGAUGGACCCACAGGCUCCCCCCGGCAAGAAGUUCUCCAUCCAUGAUGAUGCUAUUAUGUGGCCCAGCAGGUUCAACAAGGAUUGCCAGAUCACAUGA